UCGGGGUACAGUUGAUUAGUACGCAUAUCGGUUUUUUUUUUGGGACUUGCGUGCACUUGCGCACUUGUGCCGCUGAGGCGCGCGCACAUGUUUGUGUUAGUUAGCAAUGGUUUUGCUGUAUGCGUGCGGUGUGAUGAUUGUCGCGACGGCGACCAAUUUCCCGUCCCUCAGUGAUAUUCCUGCACGAAAACGAAUUAGGCAACGGAUUGUUGCCCGUGCCAUUCCGCUAGAAAAACAGACCAUUUAAACGUUCGAAGCCGCCGCUACAUACGAACGCGUCCUGCAUGUAUAAGGCGGAACACACCGCAUCUUGAACGUUUGCCGUAUCUAGCCGUAACGAAAGGUGGAAGUCAUUCUUACCGUUUUUGCCAGUUUCGUGCGUGAACUCAGAGCUUGGGCAGUGUUUUACCGCUCCGUGCGUUACAUGGCCAGUAACGCUUAGUUCCGGAAGCCCAACAUUUCCAACGGACCGUGUGGCAGAUGCGAAAGGCCGGACUCCACCAGAGGACGAAGCCGCAGGCAUCAGACCGUACCGACAGUGGCAGCGCGGAAGAAGCAAUGGUGCCUUCGCAGUACAACGCCAAGUGGUCGUAAUACUCCUGCCCACGUUUCUUCACCUGGAUCCACCCAAUCAACCCCUCCAUCAAAUUCACUUCUGUGUGUGCACCCUCCCGCACUAUCAUCACCCUCUAUCAUCCUGAACGGUUCCGUUUUACGCGAUGCCUGGUAUUGUAGUGUUUCAACGAAGAUGGUCCGUCGGUUCAGACGAUCUCGUAGUCCCUGGUCUAUUCCUGCUAGUUAUUCAUUUCAUUUGGCUCGUCGUGCUGAUGGUAAUGACACUAACGUUUCAUUUCGAUCGCACAGAGAAUUGUGUUUUACAGCUAUGGUAUUUCCAGAUUGGAUACAUGGUACUGCUGGCAGUGUGCAUGUGUCUGGAGCUCUCCAUCUGUGUGGUAUCGAUGCGUGGCAGCAUUCUCGACACCGAGCCGCGGGCGUCGAUGCAAUACUUGCUGUACGGGCGGGUACUGUUGAUGCUAAUCGAUCUCGGUCUGCUAACGGUAGGCAUUACCUGGUUAAGAGAUAACUAUGCGACCUGCCCGGCAGCGGAACCGAAGGAGGUGAUGCUAGCCGCGAUAGCCUGUAAUCUGUUCGUCAUACUCAGCAUGAUCACCACCGUCUGGUGCACGUUCGAUCCGGCUGGACGGUCCUGGGUGAAGAUGAAGAAAUACCAACGGUCGAUGCGCGAGUCCGAAUCGCGCUUCAACUACAAGCGCAGCGGCAGUCGCAGCCGGAACUGGCGACAGCGGAAAGUGAUCCGUGCAUAUCAGGACAGCUGGGAUCAUCGGUGUCGGUUGCUCUUCUGCUGCAUGGGAAACAGCGAUCGAAGUCGUAAUUCUUUCACGGACAUUGCACGACUGCUUAGCGAUUUUUUUCGUGACCUAGACGUUGUACCAUCUGAUGUUGUGGCCGGACUGGUGCUGCUGCGGAAGUUUCAAAAGCUUGAACGUGAAGUUAUUGUGCGGCAGCAAAAGAACGGAACGCACAAGUUUUUAUCUGGUGUCCCUAUUAACGCCGGUACUAAGUUUCUGGCACUAAAUGAUUCCGGAGAUUAUGAUCAUUUUCAGACUGUUAUUCGAUACAUGUAUUUUGCGCAAGGUGCAUACGGUUGGCCCAUGUAUCUCAUGAGCCACUCGAGCACCGGUGUGUGUCAAUUGGCUUCCGAGUUGCGUUACUGUUUUUGCAGACGAAAUACAGUCGAUGUGGUGGACGAUAACUGUUGCUUCUGUAAUUACGCCGCUCUCAAAAAGAUGCUGGAACUUGGAGAGGUUGAAGUUAUUUAUGCUACAUAUCAUGUCGAUAUCGCCGAAACACCAUUCUUCGUUGCGAUUGAUUAUAACUACAAUAAAAUCGUCAUCAGUAUCCGCGGUACGCUUAGCAUGAAGGAUGUAUUGACGGAUUUGAAUGCCGAAGGUGAACCGUUACCACUGAAUCCACCGAGGGAGGAUUGGCUCGGCCACAAGGGUAUGGUGCAGGCGGCGAUCUACAUCAAGCAAAAGCUGGAAGAGGAAAAUCUUAUCCAACGUGCCCUUAAACACAAUCCUGCCCGUGGUACGCAACGCUUCGGGUUGAUACUGGUAGGCCAUUCGCUCGGUGCCGGUACAGCGUCUAUAUUGGCAAUACUGAUGAAGCAGCAGUACGAUGUGCUGCACUGUUACAGCUACUCACCACCGGGUGGGUUACUGAGUAUGCCUGCGGUAGAGUACAGCAAAUCGUUCAUCACUUCCGUGGUGGUGGGCAAGGAUGUUGUGCCACGAAUUGGUCUCUACCAGAUGGAAGCGCUAAGGGCAGAUUUGAUCAAUGCCAUCCAGCGUAGUAUCGAUCCAAAAUGGAAAACUAUCGCUUGUUCCGCGAUCUGUUGCUGCUGUGGACCGGAACCGACAUCCGUGAUGAUGAUGUCGACCAAGGAUUCAAACGUGCAGCGAUAUAAGCAGGAACGUAACAGUGCGCGCCAAAGCACGGUACACCCGAACGAUAAUUCCAUAGCGCUAACCCUUCAUCAUCCACUUUAUCCACCUGGCCGCAUCAUACAUAUCGUACGACACCAUCCAAUCCAAGAGGAACAAAUGCUGAAAAAACGAGACCCAGUGUAUCAAGCUAUUUGGGCUGACAAUAAGGAUUUCGAUGAGGUUUUAAUAUCGCCUGUCAUGAUUCAAGAUCACAUGCCCGACACAGUGUUAGCAGCACUCGAAAAGGUCGUAGCAUCUAUUGGACCGCAAAAACCGAAUCGGCAAUUCACUAAUCCUCCUCUUAUUUCUACGGACACGGAAGAAGGGUCGAGAACCGCAGGAGAACAGUCAAUCGUAAGCCAAACACUUCAACCAAAUCUCGCUUCACCUGUCGUACAACAUAAGAUCUGUCUGGAAACUUCUUUUACCAAUAUGCAAUUGCUACAGCUACAGCGCGGUGAGUCCCUCAACUCAGCGGCACUCGGGCAGCACCAGAUCGAUAUUUCGAAACCAUCAUCAAUCGCCGACAGUGUGCUCGGACCGCACAGUGCACAGUCCAGCCUAGUGGAAGAUAGCGGAAUUCCUAAGAGCAUCUCAGGGCCGAGCGAAGUAACAACUGUGAUUUUAGCGGAAGUACAAAGCGCGGUUCCAUCGACAAUGGCAACCGUUACCCGUGUUCCUUCGGUUACCAGCGGUACCGCCGCCAAAACGUUAAAUUUUAUCGCCUCAGCUAAUCCUACGCGAAACGAUAUGUACCUCAUGUUUCAACCUACCACGUCCGGCGGUACGGCGGCGUACCGGGCGGACAACCUGUCGCUCGGCAUCACACGCAGAAAUUCCUACGAAAUACAAAAAAUUGACCUAAUCCACGACGAUUGGUUCGGUAUGGCACCGCUCGCCAGUCCGGAAAGUUUGUCCGAACUGUCCAGCAUAAGUUCGCGGGCAAGCAUUUCCACCGGUAUGACGGGCGGGCUAGACAAGGCGUUAGAAAAUGGCAAGGAACCACGGCCGAUGCGUGUCGGUGACUUACAGGCGGUGGAAUCGCAACUUCACACACCGAAAGUGUUGCGGCGCACACCGAAAGUGAGCGGCAAUUUAUCAACCUGCGCCGAAGAUGCUCGCACCGUUUACCAGUACAAGCGGAUGGGCAAAAUAUUCGUCCUAAAUCAACCAUCGUCCGAUUCGAGUACCACCCUGGAGAGUUACGAUAACGAGCAGCCUGUAAAUACAAUGGAGGAGAACGGCAUUCUAGCUACAAUCAGUGAGAAAAAUAUUCCGCCACUUGCUUCCAACGGUAAUAAAAGCAUUCUGGUGCCAGAUAUACUCAAUGAAAAUGCUACCGAGACAAGAAGAGCGUUCGGUAAGGUCAGUGAUAACGCAACACGGUGCAGCUCUAGCUGCCCGACCUGUCCAUGUCGCAGCACGCCGCACGGCAAAUGCUGCCAGAAGUUCAACCACCGAGAAUGUUACAAUUAUAAGUACACGUCGUUUAACAUUUUCAAAUUUAGCAAACCCAGUGAAGUUGCCAGCGGCAAUGCUUUCAUCAACAAAGGCCUCCAACCGGAUAGCAAUGCCGGUGCAAGCGGUUGGCCACCAAACGACUGGAGUGCAUCUUCGUCACAAGCAGGAAACGAGGACAAUAAUAAUGUUUACCCGAUCCACACAGUUCCCGCUUUGCCAUCACCGCCGGUAAAGGCCGGUUUGCUGGAGUCACACUUUCCCGUUUUUUAUAACAAAAACGGCAACAACAGUGACACCACGAAAGCAUCUUACAGCAAAUCCAUCAAACCAAUAACACCGAUCAAGCUGGCAGGCACUCAGGAGACCCUCGCCACUACAAUAGAGAUACGAAACGAAACCUUCCCAUUGCUGGUGAACCUGGCGGAACAUUCAUCGCCAAACAGUGGCUUCGGGCGAAGGAAAAACACUGUACAUCCGACGGAAAGACACAUUAUCGCUGUGGAUGGGUUUAAUCCCACCGGUACGGAAAGUGUCGAGUCGCAUGGUUCGCCGGUAAGCUCCUGCGCCUCACUCACCACCAACAAGCACAUCCCGCAAGCGCGCAAAAACGAGAGCAACGUCUAGUGUGCGCAUCGUAACAGUUACAUUCACUUUACUUCUGACAGUGAGUAGUGAUAUUAAAUUACCUCCGGUUCAAUAGCCAUGUCUAAAGGGUUAAUUUCAUACGAGCUCUCUUUAAUUCAGUGACAAUUUGCUCAACACGGACCAAAUUGGGACCGAUACAGUGUGCCAAACAAAAAAAAACAAGUAGGCCUGUGAUGCUCGUUACGUAUUCCAUUUUGCUGCAGCACGUAAACCCAAAACAAGAUCUAGGCCGAAUUUCGUCCGAAACUGCUCGGAUUCGGAUUUCAGAAAUAUCUAACAAUUACUCUCAAAUGAUCGUAUCUCAUUGCUUAGGUGUUCACUAAACGCUAAUCGAAUAGUAGAGAUGUAUAUCUCAAUUUGUGAAUUGUGAAUGUCAAUUUUACUAUACACAACACAAUGUACGUGAUGUAUGACUCCCCCCCCCCCGGGGGGGGGGGGGGUGGUGUAUCCACUAAAGAGGAACAUAGUAUGAAACUAGAUGAUUGAUUGAGAAUUGAAUUUAUAGAAUGUGUAUUGAAGAGUAAUUAAAGAAAAAAAACAAAGAAUAGCAUUGUAAAAAUUAAACAAACAAAAACACACACACACAAGUGGGAAAAGAAGUCAUUACUAAUUAGAUUUAAAGAAAAUUGUUGUAGCGUAAAUGAUUAACGAAUAAUUCUAAUGUUAGAUGGAUGAAUAACAAGGGUAAUAUAUUCUAAAUUUACGAUCUUAAUCAAUGGAAAGAGAAUAUGUGUAUUAGAGAGCGAAACAAAAUUACAUUAAAAAAAAAAACAAUUAAAAAAAUACACUUAAAUUAAACGAGCAUUCAAACUAAAACCAUCCUGCUAAAACAACUAUUAAACUUAUCUACUCAAUUUAAACCUGAGAUCAAACUACAAAACCCCACAAUAGUGCAAAGCAAGUGAAUCUUCUGUUCUGUUAAUAGUAAUGGCCAAUUUCUUGCCAUCCCCCAAAAAAAACCCCCAAUAGUUAAAAAAAUAGGCCGUUUGGCAUAUUUUGGACCGGUUUACAAACAAUAGAAAAUUGUCGUACAUUAUAAAUGACUCCGUUCGUGCAAAAUGAUUCUACAGUAGCCUAUCGAAAAUGGUAUUGUGUUACUAGAUGAUGAUAAACGUAUCUAUUGAUAUUUUGAAUAAAAUCGAAUUUUGUAUUUGAA